AUGGCUGCUGCUCUAAUGCAUCGACGAGCGGGAAGAGUGCGACGGGGUCAAUCAGCUAUGGAGCUACACAUCGUCGCGAAAGCCGUGCGGCUACUGAGUGAACAAAUGACUGAUCAGCACACGGCGGUCCGGGAGUCGAAUAUCUGGGCUGUGGUGGCAUUGGGAUACACUGGAGCCAUCGGCGAGCUCAGAACAGGCAAGCUUCCACAGCAGUCCGUACUCAAAGAGCUGCAAACGAUCCAUAUCUACGGGCGACUCAUAAACAACAAGGUACAUCUACGAGGACUGGUCCAGCUCCUCCAGAUGAUUGGGGGACCGCAAAAUCUGAAAACGCCAAGUAUGGGGGCGGCCAUCAGCUUCGCCGAUCUGUACAACUCGGUCAGAGACCUGCAACGACCCUCGGUGCCGUUCAUACCCUUCACCGUCGACUAUCUAGAUGGCGAUCGCCUUGCGGUCUCGCAGUAUGAGCGAGAGUGGGCUCGCCCUGUUCUAAGUGUGUUGGGAAGCACUUUCAUUGACGUCUGGUCAGGUCCGACGGAUGCAGUAGUGUUGAAACUACUUGAGGUCAUCCAGCAUAUCUGCGACUUCACCGUCCUGGUUGAAAAUUAUAACCAGAAUCGAUCCGUUGCCAGGACCCCAGCAGCGCUGACUGAUCAGAGAAAUUUCACACAGCAUGCUAUAAUGUCUUUGCCAGCUGCAGAAGAUUUUCAAAGUGAGAGAAAAGAGGUCUGUGAUCCUCAGUACGAGCCCUGCCGGCUCGCCUGCAUCGUCUACAGCUUGCUGAUCAUUAUGCCGUUCCCGCCUACGGUUCGAUUCUUCGAGAGGGUGAUUGCGAGACUUCAGCGCAGUAUUUUGGACAUGAGAGCAACCAAAGUGAAAGGCCAGUACCGGAUGCAGCUGCAGUUGUGGGUACUGGCCAUGGGCGCUCUCAUUUCGAUCGGUCUACCAGAAAGAACCUGGUUUAUCACCGAGAUGAACGCAGUGCUUGAGCGUCACGAGGUGCUGCAUGUUCACGACUUUCUUGCUCUGCUCCAGGGCUUUCUGUGGCACCCCUGUACGAACUCUCAUGAUGGCAAAGAACUGUGGCAUGAUCUUCAAGCAGCCCGUCAGAGGUCCUUGUGA